UAACAUUCCAAAUUUUACAACCAUAGUCUCUCGACUCUCCCCAACACCGUCACCCAAGUCCAGGCUCUUCUUCCUUCUAACCAUGUAGCCAACCAGCAAUCUCAGAGCUUCGGAGAUCCCAUUAAUGGCGAUUUCUGCGUUUCAUAUCUCAACAAACAUUCGAAUUCAUCUUUUCCAGUGACAUCUUUUCUGAUUUAUGCAAUUUUUAUUUGAUAUAAAUAAUUUUUUUCAUGUCAGUGUUUCACGGUAUCGGAUUCUCAAUUGACUACGUAAAGAUUUAUAUCCGUUUGAUAUAGAAAGUUCGUAAUUCGUUAGGGUUUACUACUUCUUGAAAAUUGUAUGUUCUCUUGGACGUGAUUGGGAUGGUUACUUAUGGCUCGAGACGGAUACAUCGUUCCUGUGGAUCCUCAGGCUGCUCUGAAGAAGAAAACAGCCGUCUCGAGAAGUUGGAUAUUGUUGGAUUGCACUGGAGAGGGUACUAUAUUGGAUGUCGACAAGUAUGCUAUUAUGCAUCGGGUUCAGAUUCAUGCCAGAGAUCUCAGGAUCCUCGACCCUCUGUUGUCGUAUCCUUCCACCAUUUUAGGUCGAGAAAAGGCUAUAGUUCUCAAUUUGGAGCAUAUCAAAGCAAUAAUCACUGCAGAAGAGGUAUUGCUUCGGGAUCCACUUGAUGAUAAUGUUAUUCCCAUUGUUGAAGAACUUAGAAGGCGACUGCCACCAUCAAAUCUCUUUCACCAUGAGCAAGGAGAUGGGAAAGAGCAUCCGAGUGGGCAAAAUGAUGAAGCCGGCGAAGAAGAUGAGUCCCCAUUUGAAUUUCGGGCACUGGAAGUAGCAUUAGAAGCCAUUUGUAGUUUUCUUGGUGCACGUACAACAGAACUGGAGACCGCUGCUUACCCAGCUUUAGAUGAGCUGACCUCAAAGAUAAGUAGCCGGAACUUGGAUCGGGUACGUAAACUGAAGAGUGCAAUGACAAGGUUAACUGCUCGGGUUCAAAAGGUAAGAGAUGAGCUUGAGCAACUUCUGGAUGAUGAUGAUGAUAUGGCCGACCUAUACUUGUCAAGGAAAUUGGCCGGGGCUUCUUCCCCUGUCAGUGGAUCUGGUGUGCCUAAUUGGUUCCCUGCGUCACCUACUAUAGGAUCAAAGAUCUCUAGAGCGAGUAGGGCAAGUGCUGCAACCAUUCGUGGAGAUGAGAAUGACGUUGAGGAGCUUGAAAUGUUACUUGAGGCAUACUUUAUGCAAAUUGAUGGGACAUUGAACAAAUUGACCACGCUGCGUGAGUAUAUCGAUGACACAGAGGAUUACAUUAAUAUUCAGCUUGACAAUCAUCGAAACCAGUUGAUUCAGCUGGAACUCUUCCUAAGUUCUGGCACUGUUUGUUUAUCCAUCUAUUCUUUGGUGGCUGGAAUAUUUGGCAUGAACAUCCCAUAUACAUGGAAUGAUGGCCAUGGAUACGUGUUUAAAUGGGUGGUCAUCCUUACGGGAAUGGUUUGUAUUUCCCUUUUUGUAUUGAUCAUUUCAUAUGCGCGCCACAAAGGUCUCAUUGGAUCUUGAAUAUCUGAAAAAAAAAAGAAAAAAGAAGUGGGCGGAAUCGGAAUGGAGUUUGAGGGCAUGAAACUCUGAAUAUUAAUCUUUACAUGGCAAUAAAAUACAGCUGCUGAGAUUCAACGGCAAGUUUAUCAAAACUAUUGCUAUAGGGGUAAAUAUUUGAAUGCUAUGGUUGCUCCGGUCCACCCACAGUACAAUCACCCUUUACCAAGUACUUUGGGACGUUUAUGCUUCACAAGAAAUGAAAGCAGUGGUACUGCUGUUUUAUGUUUAAGACUCUGCCUCAUUCAUGUGGUCAUUUUAUCCCAUCCUUUUUUUGAUGGUUUUAAAAAUUCAGGUUUGAGAUCAGAUGAAGCAGGCACUACACAAGGGCUAAUGUGAAUUGGGUCUGAUAGAGAUUGGUUAACAAUUUGAUCAAGCCACUUCAAUCUUGGAUCUGCAAUAAAGUGUGAAAUAGUAUUCAAUGUCUUCUAACUCUUUCGGUUUCAAUUAGUGAUUCCUCUUAUUUCAAUCUGCCUCAGAUGUAGGUUGAAUUGAAUGUACAACUUCUGCCCAUAAAAUUGUUAUACAUCAGCCAUGCUUUCUUAUAUACGCUUCAAGCAGCAUUUUGGUUUUA